AUGAUUAAUAAAAUUUUAAAUAACAUAAACACAUUAAAUGAUAUAAAAGAUGAUGAUUUUAGUCAUGCUGAAAAUGUUUUCAAUUUAAUUGAAGGAAUAUUAAUACAUGAAAAUUCAUAUUGGAAAUAUGUGAACAUAUUAAAUGAAUUAACUACAUUAUGUUAUGAAGAUCCUGUCAACUUUAGAAGUUUAUUAUUUUCAAAAAAACAAAAAAAUUUAGAAGAAAAAGAGAACAAAAUAAAUCAAAUUGUAGAUAGAAUAUUAAUUGUUUUAGAAAAAUAUGAAGAUAUUAGAAGUACAUUCAUUUAUUCAAUUUCGAAAUUAGUUCUUAUAAAUGACUAUAAUUUAAAUAUCAGGAUAUUACAUAUAUUAUGUAACUUACAAAAUAAUCAAGAGUAUAAAUAUUAUAUUUAUUCUGUCUUUGAAGAAAUAAUAUCUGCAACUAUACUUAACUUGAAAGAACAUGACACACUAUGUAAUAUUUUUAAAGGUCUAGCCCACCUUCCCAAAGAUAAGUUCAUUGCAGGAGGUUUUAGUAAUUGUAUACAUAAAGUUAUUGAUUCUUUAAGAAAUAAAUUGAAUGAGGAUGCUUUAAAAUUAUUAUCUAUUUUAACACUAGAUAAAGAAAAUUGUAUAAUAGCAUAUGACGAAGGUUUAUUAAAGAUUUUAACCGAAGAAAUGAACAAAAGAGAAGAGGAAAACUUUGAUCAAGUUCCAAAUUACAUGCAGUAUACUUAUCUAAUUGUAUCCCAACUAUGUAAUAAUUAUAUUAAACAUUGUGAUAUUCUAAUAAACGAUAAAAUGCAUUCACAAUUUUAUUUUAAAAAAAUCAAAAGUAUCAUUAAUAUAAAUAUUCAAGAAUUAUCAACAAAUAAUUCCAUUUUUGCAAAUAUUAUAAUGUCAACUUUGAACAGUAUGUGUAAGUACAAUGAAAAAUGUUUAUACGAAUUAUGUAACGCUUAUCAUUAUAUUGAUUUAUUAUUAAUUUGUAUUAAAAUGGAAAAUGGAAAUCCUUAUUUGUUAAGUGCCUCGUUAGAUGGUCUCUUAAUACUUUUAAGCAAUGAAGAGAUAUAUAAAAAUAAUAUUAAUUAUAUAUUAAAUAACAGUAAUAAUUUAAAAAUAAUUCUACCUUUAUUAUUUGGACAGAAAUAUUAUAAUAUGUUAAAUAUACAUAAUUUGGAAAAUAAUAAUGAGGAUAAUGUUGUUCAGGAAUAUUUAUACAAAGUUGUUGAACAUACCCUAGAUAUUGUAACAUUCUUUUUUCAGAAGGAAAUUGAUAAAUACACAAUUAAAGUUAAAAAGCAGUUUAGAAACAGUGAUGUAAAUUAUUAUUUGCUUACUUGUUUAGAGAAAAAGAAUACGCAGAUUAUCAUAAAGUUACUAAAAUGUAUUUAUUUUAUCCCCUUCACUGAUUACAGCUUGAUAGAAUUACACAAAAUAUUUUUCAUUUUACACGACAAGUCUAUUGAUAUUAAUGAUGAAUGGAAAGAAAUAUAUUAUUACUCUGUUAUGAUAUAUAUGAAAGUUUUAAAAAAUGAAGAUAUUAAAAAAGUUAUUGAAUGCUAUAAUACUGAACAGAUUAUUAUAUCUUUAUUACGUAUUAUGAAUGAAUUUUUAUUAAAAGAUAUAUUAUUACAAAAAAAAACAAAUGAUGUAAUUGUAAAUAAAAAAAAUAUGUUGGAACUAAAUGAGGAAUAUGGUACAUUAUAUAAUAAGAAGGAUUAUUAUAUGGAUUUAAAUAAAAUUAUUGUAGAGUUAUUAUGUAUAUGUUCUCAUUAUAAGGACUUGAGAGGUUUUUUAAGAAAUAAUUUAAUUUCUACGUAUUUUAUUCAUAUUUUAACAAAUGAAGAUAAAUUAUAUAAUGAGUUAAAAAUGGAUUAUGAUAUAUUAAUAGAAAGAACAUGGUGUUGUAAUAUGGAUAAUAUAUUUAAAACAUUAAUGAAAAAUAAUAUGAAAAAAAAUAAAAAAGUAACAUUAAGACUUUUAAUUAAUAUUGCUGAUAUCUGUAGUGGUUAUUUUUAUCAAUUUAAAUCAAAUUGUGAUACAAAUAUAUUUCAUCUUUGUGAUUUGGAAGAAAAACAUUGGGAAGAAAAAAAAAUUUUACAAUAUUUUUAUUUUCUAAAUGAAGAUGAUAAAAAUGAUUAUAUAUAUCAAGUUAAUAUAUUAUUAAACCAUUAUAUGACAGAUCUUUUUACUAUUUUAUAUACAUUUGUACAAAACGAUAUUUUUAUAGAAUUAAAAAAAGAAUUACAAGAAAACUAUUUUCCUGGAGUAUUAAAAUACCAUAAAUUAAAAUAUGAAAAAAAAAUAAAGAAAUGGAAAUUAAAAGAAAAACAAAUCAAACAAAAAAUUAAAAAUAUGAACAUAACAUAUAAAGAUAUAACUUAUCAAAAUUACCAAGAUGGAUACAAAGAAAAAAUGAAUGAUAUGUAUAACAAUUCAUUUAAUAAUAUUCAUCAUGAUGUAUCAUCCAUUUUGAAUUCUUUAAAUGAAGAGUUAGCAAUUAUUAAAGAAAAAAAAAAAAAACUAAUUCAAAAAUUAUAUAAUAAUAAUUUUAAACAGACUUUUGACAUAUCUGUCGAAAAUCAAAUUGGAACAAAUAUUGAGUAUAUGUUUGAUAUUCCAAAAGUUAUCAAAAAAAAAAAAUCACUCAAAUAUUUAAAAAGUAGUAAAAAGAACCAAGGCGAAUAUAUCGAUACAAAUAAUCUAAUUUUGAGUAAAAAAGAAAAAAAUUAUGAUUCAGAACAAAUAUUGAUGCAUACAGGAGAGGAUAUGUCUGGAAAUAUUCACACAUCCCCAAAUAAUAUUAAAACGUCUAUAAAUAGUAAUAAUAAUAUAUAUAAUAAUAGUAAUAAAUAUAAAGAUGGUGUACAUAAUAUUAGUGAUUAUAUAAAUACAAAUGAAAAAGCAAAUGAUACAAUUUAUAAUAAUAAAAAAAAUCAUUUUAGUGAUACGUCUUCAAAUAUUGAGAAUUAUAGUACUUCAAGUUCAUCUACAGAAAACAGUGUUGUAAAUAAGCCAAUAUUAGAUAAAUUUUCAUGUGAACUAUUAAAAUAUAAUAAAGAAAAUAUAUAUGAACAUAAAUUAAAUAAUAAUCAUAUUUUAUUAUUUAAUAAGAGAGGUAUUUUUAUUAAUAGUAAUAGGGGUGAAAUAAAUGAAGCAUUUGUUUUAUAUGCUAUAUUAAGAAUUUUUUAUAGUAUCAUAAUAAAUAAUAUAAAUAAUGAAUAUUAUUUAAAAGUUAAAGAAUUUUUAUUAAAACACCAUGUGAUAAAAACUUUCUUAAACGUCUUAAAUCAAUGCAGCUUUUAUGAUUGUAAUGUAUAUGCACAUUUUUUUCGUUUAUAUAGUGAAAUAUUAAAAAUGAAUGUUACAGCAGUUGAAUCAAUGAAUAUGUUACUUUUUUAUAAUAUAUUUUUUUAUUAUUGUAAAUUAUUAUCUAGAGUGUUUAUAAAUAAAAUAAGAAAUAGUGAAUAUAUUUUAUCUUACAAGGAACAAUAUUUCUUUGCUGAAUUAUCAAAACUUUUUUAUUAUUUUACACAAAAAAUCAUAUAUAUACAAUUUUCACAAUAUAAAGAAAUACAAAAAUGGUGUGUAGAUUGUACAUUAUUCCAUUUCUUUUAUAGAAAUAAUAUUAUCUUAUUAUUAUAUUUAUUUAUAUAUAUUCAUAGUGUACACCAUGGAUCAAUAUAUGCUUCCUAUAUUUAUCAUAAAAAAAAUUUCUUUUUUAUUCAUACAAUAUUCUUUUAUACCUUAUUUACAUUAUCAUAUCUUAUGUGCUUUUCUAAAAAAUUGAAAUAUUUUAUUCUUUAUUUUAUAAAUUAUAAGAAGUAUAUUCAUAAGGUAUUAUUUAGGAAAUCAAUAAUUCACUCCCUUUUCUUUUAUAAUAAAUUGAUAUAUCUUAGAAUAGUAUUUCAAAAUCAAUUAUCUCUUGACAGAAAAACUCCCACACAAAUAUAUCAUCUUUCUCCCGUAGUAUAUAUAAGGGAAAAUAGCGUUGAGUGGUAUUUUAUUGCCUUGGGAGUAGAUAAAUAUUAUUUGGUUUAUAUACCAGACAAUUUUGAAGAGAAUAUAACUGAAGAUAAAGAUAUAAAAUUAAUAAUAUAUUCCGAAAGGAAAUAUGUUGACUUAACAAGAAUAUGUAUAAGUAAAAUAAACGACAAUCUUGUAAUUUUUGGAUAUAUCAAUUAUAAUAAUAAUUAUAUAAGUUAUGAAUCAUAUGAUAUAUUUAUUAGCAUGAAUAAAUAUUUUCAAAAUAAUAUUGUAAGCUAUGCACAGUUUUUAUCUGGUAAUACUUAUGAAACUCGAGUUGAUUUAAUACAAGAUAAUAUUAUUAGGAAUAAUUUAAAACAUUAUAUGAAUACAAAAAAUAUACUUAUAUCUACCUUUGCAUAUAAAGAAGUAAGCCCAAGUGAUUAUAUGAAAUAUAAAACUAGAAGAGAAAAAAAAAAAGAAAGAGAAGAAAUUAGAAAUAAUAUAGAAAAAAGACAAGAUCAUUAUGAAGAUACAUUUUAUUCUAAUAAUAUAUCAGAUGAUUUUUAUAGUCAUGAUUCAUUAUUAACUUAUUCUAGUAAUACAGAAAAAUAUAAUAAUUCAGAUGAUAAUAUUCAACAAAAUUGUAAUAUACAAUCCAAUGAUGAAGAGUUCAAUAUAUUUAGAAGAAAUGUAAAGUCUAAAAAUAAAAGAAAAUUAUUAUUUUUUGUUUUAACAAAAAAACAUUUUUAUAUUUUUAAAUUUAAUUUUAAACAUUGGAUAUUUCUAAGUCCAUUUAUAGAAGACGAAAAAAAUGAUCUUCAUCUUUAUGUAGAAUCUAGUAUAGAUAGUCAUGAUGAACAAAUUAACUCAAAAGAUCAUGUUAUUAAAAAUGAUAAAAUAUAUUUAAAUAAUAUCUUAGGAAUUACAUCUAAUAAUAAUAUGGUUAAUGAUGAAAAUAUUCCUUUUGCUAGAAAGUGUGCAAUCAGAAAUACUAUUAAAUAUAACUAUUCUUGUAAUAAUACUGAAUAUACGAAUCAACAAAUAUUAUCAACACAAAUGUCAACAAAUAGUAUAGAAAGUCAACAAAGACAAAGUGAAAUUAUUAAUAAAAGUGAAGUAUACGAUGAAAGAGAAAGGUAUUCAAAUGCAAACAAAUUGUUUCUUAAGCAUAUUCAUAAAUAUGAUAAUGAAUAUUUAAGUCAAAUUAAAUUUGUAAAUAAUAAUGAAAGUAUUAUUGAAAUACAAUUUAAAAUCAAAAAUAAGGAGGAAAUCACAGAAAAAAAAAUUAAAAUGAUCCUCUUUGAUGAUUAUACGAGAGAAUUAUGGAAAAGAUCUUUGGCUCAUUCUUUGAACAUCCAACUAGUCUCAUCAGAAUGGAGAAGAAAAUGGAACUAA